AUGACGGAUUUAAGUGUUAUCGCCGGUGGUUGGAGGCUGCGAUGUGGAGGUGUCGUCGGCGGCGGUUCCAGUGGUGAGGUGGCCGUCAACGGUGGUGGAUGUGAUGGUGUUCAUCAGAGAUGGUUGAAGGAGACCAUUCUUAGACCAUUCUUUUACCUGACUUUAAACAUAUCUUCAUUUUUGCUUAUUCUUUCAUCAGAUAACAUCCACCAUUUUCGCCGUCCUUACCACCGACGACUUUGCUCCAACGACUUACCACCACCGUCUCCUAUGUCGACAGCACCACCACCACCACCACCAUCUCCUUCGCCGACUUCUGUUACUGCUAUAAAUCACCACCUCCUUCUCCGAUCCUUGGUGAAUAUCCAUAUCUACAUCAGAUCCUACUAG